CCACCAACACCACCUGAAGAAUACCUCUACGACGACAGCUGCGACGGUUCGGGCGACGGCGACGAGAUCUACAUGAAACCCAAGAGGCAGCAAUGGUCCAACAAAUUGCAGUUCGUUUUGGCGUGCGUCGGCUACAGCGUCGGUUUGGGUUCCGUCUGGCGAUUUCCCUAUCUUUGCUACAAGAGCGGCGGCGGAGUCUUUCUCAUUCCAUAUCUGAUCAUCAUGAUCAUUUGCGGAGUGCCGAUGCUCUACAUGGAAUUAGCUGUCGGUCAAUUCACCGGGCGAGGACCCAUCGGAGCGUUGGGUCAACUGUGUCCACUAUUUAAAGGAACCGGUGUGGCGAGCGUCGUGAUUUCGUUCCUGAUGUCGACGUACUACAGCGUGAUCAUAGCGUACGGCAUCUUCUACUUCUUCACCUCGUUCAAAGUGGAUCAACCGUGGAUGGAUUGCAACAACACGUGGAACACGAACAGCUGUUGGAUUCCUUCGCGGAGCGGCUUCAACAUGUCCAGACCGUUGAACAGUCAAUCACCGGCUGAAGAAUUCUACAACGUUAAAGUUCUUAAAGUUUCGCACGGGAUAGAAGAUUUUGGUUAUCUUCGAUCCGAGCUGGUCGCGUGUUUGCUGUGCGCUUGGGUGUUAGUUUACUUUGCGAUUUGGAAGAGCAUCAAGUCUUCGGCUAAAGUGAGAUAUUUCACGGCGACUCUACCGUUUCUUUUGAUCAUAAUACUCAUGGCUAAAUCGUUGACGCUGGAGGGAGCCAACGAGGGGAUGCGGUACUUCUUCAGACCGAACUGGAAGAUGUUGGGAGACGCUAAAGUGUGGAUCAAUGCGUGCGCGCAAACUUUCAACUCGAUGGGCAUCUCGUUCGGUUCGAUGAUCUGCUUCGCCAGCUACAACAAGUACAACAACAACAUCCUGCACGACACCAUCGCCGUCUCGUUCGUGAACGCGAUCACCAGUCUCCUGGUGGGAAUCUUCGCUUUCGCCACUAUAGGAAACAUAGCGUUCGAGCAGAACGAUAAGAUCGAAGAAGUGAUCGCCGAUGGUCCAGGGCUGAUCUUCGUGGUGUUUCCACAAGCCAUGGCGAAGAUGCCCGCAGCUCAAUUCUGGUCCGUGCUUUUCUUCUUCAUGCUGCUCUGUUUGGCGCUGAACAGUCAAUUCGCUAUAGUCGAGGUCGUCGUCACGUCUAUACAGGACGGAUUCCCAGUUUGGAUCAAGAAGAAGUUGAUGUGCCACGAAGUUCUGGUCUUCAUCAUCUGCAUCGUGUCGUUCUUCUGCGGAUUACCGAACUUGACAAAUGUACGUUAACUUCACUUGAUUACUAAUUAAUUAUUAAUAGCUACUUAAUUUAUAUUACGAUCUUAUAAACAUAUAUUUAUGAUUAUAAACAUUGAUUAAGUAUUUCGAGCAACUAUUCAAAUAAUAAUAUUGCAUUUGUUAAAUCAAU